UCCCUACCGGAGCUACCGGGAGGCAGUAGCGUUACAGAGCGAGUCCCAGCCGCCCGGAGGAGCCAAACCGAGGAAGGUCCACUGUGAGCCGCCGUGAGAAAGCCGUGCUGGAAUCAAACGAUGCGAGCGCUGCUCACCGCCGCCCAGUAAAACAGAGCCUGCCAUCGAUAGUGGAGAAGAAGAGAACCGUUACCGUGAUUUACCGACAGUCAAACAGAAGAGAGACGGAGGACGGACGGACCGACAGACCACCGCCGAGACCACGCUUGAGAAACAACCAACUGCGGAGCCUACAUCGUGUUGUUUUUGCGCCGUGGUUCAAACCGAGCGGAUCCGUGAUUUAAAUGCUUUAACGGUACCUUGUCCCCGGCUUGAGAGCGAGAGAGAGGGAGCUGCCCAGAGAGCGAAAGAAAGAGACAGAGGGAUCUUAGAGGGAUCGAAGGCACAGCACAGAAAGGGAGGAAAUUAACCAAGAAAGGAGAAAAAAAACGGAUUUGCAACCAGCGUUGCUUCCACGCACAAAUUUCAUCCAAUCUAGCGUUUUCUUGCAUUUUCUGCCGUGGAUCCCGGUAUCGGUAACGCUCUCAAGCUGUGUUCUCUAACCAUGGGAUGUACUCUGAGCGCAGAGGAGAGGGCGGCUCUGGACCGGAGCAAAGCCAUCGAGAAAAACCUCAAGGAGGACGGUCUCACCGCGGCCAAAGAUGUGAAACUGCUGCUGCUCGGGGCUGGAGAGUCAGGGAAAAGCACCAUCGUCAAACAGAUGAAGAUCAUCCACGAGGACGGUUUCUCCGGCGAUGACGUAAAGCAGUACAAGCCUGUCGUUUACAGCAACACCAUCCAAUCUCUGGCCGCCAUCGUGCGUGCCAUGGACACGCUGGGCCUGGAGUACGGAGACAAAGAACGGAAGGCGGAUGCUAAGAUGGUGUGUGACGUGGUCAGUCGUAUGGAGGACACAGAGCCUUACUCCGCCGAGCUGCUGUCUGCCAUGAUGCGUCUGUGGUCCGACUCAGGCAUCCAGGAGUGUUUCAGCCGCGCCCGAGAGUACCAGCUCAACGAUUCAGCGCAAUACUACCUAGACAGCCUAGACCGGAUCGGUGCGGCAGACUACCAGCCCACAGAGCAGGACAUCCUGAGGACCCGAGUGAAGACCACAGGCAUUGUCGAGACACACUUUACCUUCAAAAACCUCCACUUCAGGCUGUUCGAUGUGGGAGGUCAGAGGUCGGAGAGGAAGAAGUGGAUCCAUUGUUUUGAGGAUGUCACAGCCAUCAUUUUCUGUGUGGCGCUCAGCGGAUACGACCAGGUGCUGCAUGAGGACGAGACCACGAACCGCAUGCACGAGUCUCUGAAGCUGUUUGAUUCCAUCUGUAACAACAAGUGGUUUAAGGACACCUCCAUCAUCCUCUUCCUGAACAAAAAGGACAUCUUUGAAAACAAGAUCAUCAAGUCAUCACUGUCCAUCUGCUUCCCCGAGUACACCGGUCCAGACACUUACCUGGACGGAAUAGCCUACAUUAAGUGUCAGUACGAGAGCAAGAACAAGUCAACCAACAAAGAGGUCUACUCCCAUGUGACCUGCGCUACAGACACCAACAACAUCCAGUUUGUGUUUGAUGCUGUCACUGAUGUCAUCAUAGCAAAUAACCUGCGGGGCUGUGGGCUGUACUGAUGAUUCUGUUUAGUAUCAACCAAUGGAUGAAGGGUGCUUGACUUGCAUUUGCCUGUGUGGGGAACCACGGAGGUUGUGUGGCCCAUAUUAGUGAUGUCAUCACUCGGAUAUGGGGUAUGGUCUGUGUUCCUGAUGACACCAUUCUGCUUUACUGUAAGACUGGCCAUUGGUCCAACUUGACUCUUAAUUAACGAAUUGAUUGGUUGAGUGGCAGGUUGGUUCAUUCAUUUGUUGGUUGAGACUUAUUUUAAUGUAUUUGUCUUUUUUACUUCCCCCUAAAGAAGAAGCAAUGGAAAAUUCCACUAACACUGUACUUGUGUUUGAUUGAACCGAAAGCACGACUCUUUUACUGGUGUGCUGCUGAAGUUUUGCACAACUUGCACAGUCGACACUUCAGGGGUGCAAAGGUUCCUAAGACUUGUUUGUAAGUACAGUUGUGCUGUGUUACUCAAAGACUCAAAUUAUAGUAAGUGUGGCCAUCUAAGGGGUUCUCCAGAUGCCCCCCAAAACUGGUAUAAUGGUAAACGCUUCUCAACCCCAAAGUAUUUCUAAUUAUUUUGAAUCCAGUUUGAGUUGCUCCUCUUCUCUGCCCUGGACUUACGCCUUAGUCACAUGAAUUGGAACCGAAUACAUUAGUAUGUCAUCCAUCUAGUCCCAAUCUGGGUCAAAUUCAGUCCACUCUCAGUUUAUGUCACGAGAUGUUCUUCAGACCUCAUGUGACUUCAUCAUAUGCGUGAGAUAAUACACCGUUGACAAGAUUAUGUUCAGCCUAAUAAGAAGAAGUUCAGAGAAAAUUGUCAGUCAUCAGCAAAGAAACUGCAGUUCUAUUUCUAUUUAUGCAAAAUAGCUUUUUUGUGCUUGCCUCCUGCAUUAUUUUGUGUUGUAUCAUUUGUUGUGUUUUCUGGUGACAGGCCUGCUCUCUUGUAUGCAGUGCGCUGCAUAGUGUCUCACUGCACUGUUGCACUAAGCCAUGCUCUGUAAAUAUGGAGCUCUAAAAUGACCAGCAUUCAGUUAAUAAAUAAGACAUUGUGAAUUAAGUCAUCAUAUGGAUUAAUACAGAAAAAAUAGAUGAACCGAUGAUUGUGAAAUAAUUUUGAAAAAGUCAAACUCAUUAUUAUAAAGUGAUCACAAUAACUGAUGUCAGAGCAGCUGCUGAGCCAGCUAAGAGGCUGGGACCAUAUGAUUGUUUGAUAUGUGAGAAGACUGUCACUGAAGUGAAAAUAUACUUUGAAAAAUAAUUGCUUUAAUAAAAUUCAAAUUAACCAUCAUGAAGUUUCAAAAUAAGAAUGACAAAAUCAUUUCAGCUUUAAUUGUGUAUUAAAUCAUUUCUAAUUUCAUUAGUUUGUCUAUUUUUCAGUACUUUUUCAUAUAAUUUAAUUUAUGUCUAGUUGUAAUAAUGCCCUUUUCAUUGUUAUAUGCUAAUAUUGCCCAUUUUGUAGUUCCAUAUCAAACUGUGUGACACCUUGCUUCACAUGGUGCUUCAACGAGAAGGAAUAAUUAACAACACAGAGUCCAUUCAUCUCGUCCUGUCCUCCAGUGGCCUCAAAAACCCAGCCUCACGCCAGCUUCAGUUCAAAACCUGUGGGAGGAGAGGGAUUAUCAGAGCGGACUGUUCAGAAUAUUAAAUGUAAUGAGACCAAAGGUAAUCCCACUUAGGACUGUUUCCCUGCAAAGUCACAUAUCUAUUUUUUGGUACAUUACAAAUUGAUGGCACUUAGGUUGCCUAGUUCAGCUUUUAAAGGCCCAAUUUCUCUAACUUCAAGCCCCUUAUGUGUAGGAUUUCACCAUUUUCUGACUUUGACAGAAUCAUGUUUGACUGGGAACGGCUCAGUUUCCUACAGUCAGACACUAAUGCCGUAGAAUCAUUUUAAACAUGCUAUAAUCCCGCUGGCGCUUUUCAAAGAAGAUAAGAUUGUUUUGAAAAUUAUUAGAGGAAAUAUUUAUUUCAUAUUUUGUGAUGUCAUUUGACUGAAGAGUAGACAUGGUCAUUGGGAGUUCAGUCAUUUUGUUGAAUGCUAUCCAGCAGGAGUUCAUACAGCAGAACUCAAUUGUGUGUUUCCAUGCUGUAAAGGAACAGCACUAUUUUCAACCUUAUUGUUCUGGCUUUGGAUGGAUUUUAUUUGAGAGUAAAUUUGUUUUGAUCUCCAUAAGAGAGUAUAGUUGAAAUUGUUUUUUUGAUCAAAUUUAAAGGAGGUAAGCAGUUUCAUUUCUUGUCUUUCCCCUCAAUGUUAAAUGCAUAGCCAAUGUUUAAAUUCAUAGUGAGGAAGUUGCUUUCUAUGCUGUUUAUUCUGCCCUCAUCUUUCAUCCCUGUGGAUGCCACCUCUGGUCAUAUUUUAGGAUUGAUUUUUCUCAUGUUGCGGCGAGUAUAGGUCCACUAUAAAAUCACUUUAAACGAAGAGCUACAAGAGGUAGUGUGCUGACUCAACCGCACAAUUCCCAGAUAAUGCUUCAAAGGAAGCAUUGAUUUUAUAGGGCCCUGGGGCCGCAUCCAUUGUGUGGGGCUGCACAGUGUAAUAUCCCUAUUGUCCACCACUCUGCCUUAAUAAGCCAGAGGUGAGCUGUUAAAGAUUGUGUGCUGGUGAGUACGUGUGGUUCCCUGGGACUAGAAUGUCAACCUUGUGACUAUUAUUUCAGCCCUGCUGUUUUGUUUUCUGCUGAGCGAGUUCCAUUUGUGCCGGAUGGAAGGCGUCCCAGAGCUCCUAGUAGGAUUGAGGUCUGAUGCAGAGCGCAGCUUAGGUGAAAAGAAAAGUGAUGCGUGUAAUUUGUGGGAACAGUUGAAGUUUGAGCCUUGACAUUAAAGCCACAGAGAUGCAUACAGCAGCAGGAAGGUAUCACCAGCUCCUCACCUCGCUCUCUUUAAGCAACAGUUUGCAGCAUCACAUAGAAAGUGAGCUUUGUUUGUCUGUGGGACCUGCGUGAAUUGACUGAGCUGAGUGUGUUUACAGCUUUACUGGUGUGAGUGCUCCCUGGCAAACAGAGGUAGACAGCUUCUUUAUUUAUGUAUGAGCAGGGCAUUUGCUAUAUUCCACUCUUCCCUCGACACUCAAACAGCGAGGGCAUGUCUCCACCCUCUGCUCAGAGCUGCCUUUUAAAAAAAAAAAACAGGUAGAUGACGUCAUCAGCUCGUCCUACCACAUCUGUGCCAACUUUUCCUAAUUAGAGACAGAGAGCUGCCUAAGGCUGUUGAUCAGCCUGCUGUGUGUGUGUGUGUUUGUGUGUCUGCGUGUGUGUUCCUCUCUGUGUAUCCUGUGUGUAUUUGUGUGGGUUUACCAAUUGUAUAUAGUUGCCUGUGUGUGUCUGUUGAUAGUACAGGAAAGGUCAAUGUGUGUGUGUGUGUGUGCGUGUGUGUGUGCGCGUGCGUGCACGCGUGCUACGUGUUUAUGAACAUUUAUAUGUGUUCUGUGAGAGACAACGUCAGCCCAUGGGUGUUGUGGUGGAGUCAGUAUCUGUGGAUUAAUUACCCAGAAGGCACCUGUCUACCCUUUCCACACACACACAGGCCCUCAGCACACACACACACACAUGCACACACGCACUGAAGACACAAACACACCCGUGGGACUUGAAAAUGUCACAACACCUUACUUGGCGGUGCCAAAUGACACCAGCGUAUCCAACCAAAGAGCCUCAGAUGUUUUUUGGCCAUGCUGCUGCAGGCUUUUAGUUUACCACCUUCUCCUCACUCAUUACAUUAAUAUUGUAUGAUGUGAAAGGAAAUGAUCCUACUGCAUCAGCUCUGUGGUUGUUUGUUUCAGGAAGUGCAUCACCUUUGGAGAUAUGACUUGAAAUAUGCAUAAAGCGUUUGUCCUGAAAUUAAGGCAAACGAAUUCUAUUAAUUCAUGUUACACUGCGCAUAGAAGCUCCCCUGCUUUAUUAAAAUACAUAUCACAGUGUGUAUGUGUGCGUGUCCAGUUUGGUUUGUAAAUUUGCUUUUGCACAAUUAGAUUUCAGGCUUUUUCAUGUCUGCCGUGCUUUGCCACUGUAGCAGUGCCCUAACACUUGUUGUAUGAAUAAUUCAAUUUAGCAUCAUCCUCACUUAAUGCGGGGCAGGGCACCGGUGGAGACACUGCUAUUAUAAUUACACAAAGACACCCCUCGCCUGUUUUUUUAAAUACAUUUAUGCCACUAUUUUUAUGCCUGAGAGCCUAAAGAGCAGCCAGCAGUAGGCAUGAGCUGAGGAACAAUGGGCUGGUGGAAUUUCCAUCCGAAGUAAGUUAGCAAGCUCCAGUUCACGUUGUGAUGAAAGGGAAUGGCUGCAUUUGUGUUUGCCCUCAGGGUGGCAGUGGCAGCUUGCUGCUCGAGCUUUGUCUUCCGACUUCAUUUUAAUGCCGGUGUUAACCUCAGGCAGCGCACAGGGUGGGAUGUAUCCGUGUUUCUAUUGGACAGAUUCUUCAGAGGCAUACUAAAUGAGUCAGAGAGAUAUCAGAUGCAUUUAAAAGUGAAUUACCCCUCAAUUUAUUCACAAUCUGUAACAGCACUUAUAUAUAUUACUACAUUAGCAGGGGAUUGCAUUUAACGGACCCUAACUGUGUUUUUGCAUAUUUAAAUCAAUUGCUGCAAAUCACAGACAGUGUACUUGAUGUGCUGUAGUGUUUUUCAGCCUUAUGUUAACUUUCAUUUUAUACAGUCAUGAAAUCAGCUUGCAGCAUGCAAAGAAAUGUGUUGGUCUGGGUUGGAGAUGUGUCUGUCAAAAACUCAUUAUGGCUGUGUGAAAAUGCAGCUGUAAGCACAGAUUUGUAGUCUAUCACACUAAGAUACUGCAAUUAUAACAACACAGACAUGAUAACAAAGCUAAAUGAAAACAAGUGGAAGACUAGAAAAACAGAUUAAAGUAGCAUGUUUAUCUGCACGUCUUCACAAAAUGUGCUUCUGUCUGUGAUGAGCAGACUACGAGGAGGGCUGCUUGGUAAACUACACAUCGAACAAGAAAGUAACUGGGAGGCAAACUGCUCAUCUGUGUCACCAAAGAGAGAAAAAUAGUCUGUCUGAGCGCGUUAUCUUACUGGUUUGGUCAGAAACGAGACAAUAAAUUCCCACAGAUUGUCCCUUUCUCCCAUGUUUUUUUGUAGUGCAGCUAAUUCUCUGACAGAGGAGGGUAAAUUAUUUUUAAAUAAUUUUAAAUGCUGGAUUGAGCAGGCCAUUGCAGAUCUUAAACACAACAGUGCACACCGAGAGACUGUCAGUUAAAGUGUAUGUGAUGAGUAGGAAAUGGAUCAGAACAUGCCCACUGUGCAAUUAGAAGUAAGUGUGAGACUACAUCCGCCCUCUGUUUAACAUGGUGUAGAGCCUGUGCAUGCAGGUUGAAGGAGAACAGAGCAGUUUGAUUAAACACUAGCUUCGUCCGUGGUAGACUGAACUCAUUUGAUUUCCUCUCACUGUAUCUGCCUCUUACACGUAAACCUCCCUCAUAUCUCUGAAGUUAUUAGUAGUUUGUUAGGUGGAGACAGGGUUGAUGCUUCCUCAGAGAGGAACUACGAGCUGAACACAGUGUGUGUGCGCGUUGGCAUGAAUUUGUGUGUGUUUGUGCUUUUCACAGCCUGUCUCGACUCAUGAUGAAUUAGCAAUAAAGCCCAAACAACCAGUGGGAAAUAGUGGCUAACGUAGUUUAUGUCCGGCUUCAGUCCCAGCGAUAAAUAAUGGACUCCUAUAGGCUGCAGUGAAGGAGAGAUUGGUGGGUGAUGUAGUCUGAGGCCAUGCUAGAGAGGAUUUAUGGGUAAUGGUGUCUUUUUUUAGGUGGCUGGCGCUGAUGUGAGUAAUGCAAUCAAUGGUUCAUUCAGGUAACAAAGGUCCUGCUUUAUCUGGCAGCAGGUGGCGGCACAAAAGAAAUGUUAGCAGCUUGUGCCAUUCCAGUGCCUUGGCAACAUAAACGUAAACAACUUCCCACAAUGGCAGCCAGAUGAAGAACUAUUCUGACUGAAGUUUGAACCCAGAGUCCAGUGCCAAAUGUUUCCAAUGUUACAUGUAAAUGAGCUUCUGCAGUGUCUUUUUGCUGAGUUGUUUGUGCUUCCAUUUUAGAAGUAGAGUUUUGUCUGCGAAUGCUUUCGGGUCGUCUUAUGAUAUGCUCAGUUCCCGCUCAAGCUUGCUAAUUGAUGAAAUGAGCACUUAAGCCUCUGCAGAGGCAGGGAGGUCCUGCUCUACCACUGGACUGGCGGAGGAUUCAGAAAGCCGCAGGGCACGUGACCGCAGUGAACUCGUGUAGAAUUUAGGAGGCAGAGUAUAAGCUGGUAAAAGUCCUCUCAGCCGUAAGUGCUGCAGCGCUUUUAGCCUUCAACCCUCCAGUGUCCACAUCUUCUAAUCCCUCUGUCAAUACCAGUCAACACCUGCCGAGACUGUGCAGAUCACUUACAGCAAAAUCCACAACCCUGUUCUGUGUGUGUCUGUGUGUGCGUGUGUCUGUGUGUGUGUGUGUGUGUGUACUGUAUGUGCGUGCAUCUGUUGUAUUUUACUGAGCACUGUAAUAUGUCUGCUGUAUUUUCCUCACUGCUGUGAUAAUUUAUUGAAAGUUGUAUUUAUACAAGAGAAAUGAUAAUAAAGCACCACAUGAGUAACUCGA